AUGCCCUCCCCGCCGCUAGCCGACUCUCAGUCCCUCGAUCCCGCCCACGGCGCGUCCACCAACGGCAUCAACAGUGAAGGUGCUGUCCAGCCCGCCAACGCCCCGACCAGCAUCAAUGGACCCGACGGCGCGUCCAACGACAACAACGCGAUCCGAGACGGCAAGCAGAAAGCCAAGGCCGUCAUGGCCGCCUCUGGUCUGAACCUCGCCGGCGCGCAAGGCGACAUGGCAUCGCCCGCGCAACCCGAAGCCAUCAACGGCGCGUCGCCCAGCAGAAAGCGAUCGCGUUCGGGCACCCGCAAGUCAUCACACACGCCUUCCCACGACGACGGCGCGAAACCCACAGCCUCGCAGACGCACCUCCUCAACCGCUACAUCGAGCGCGACCUCUUGGAUAGCGUAAACAAGUACGAGCGCAACAAACAUUCCGAGAAGGUGUAUGGCGAACUCAACGACCUGCGCCAUUUCUACCGCGACGAAGUAUAUCCGGUCCGACGACAGAACCCCGGCGCCAUCUUUGGAUAUGGCUACGCUGGCUACGGCAACGGCCUGACCGAGAUACCUCCCGACCCCAGAGACCCGCGCGCCCUACCGCAAACCAAGCUGCUAUACCCUGAGAAUGCCAAGCGCGCUGGCCGUCGACUCGCACCGCAGCUCAAGGUUUCGAAAGAGAAGGGGCUCCAGCAAGCAGACCAGAUUGAGGAGCUUGUACCUGUGCGCUUGGAUAUCGAAUUGGAUAGACUGAAGCUUCGCGAUACUUUUACCUGGAACCUCCACGACCGCGUUACCAACCCCGUGCUCUUCGCCCAAACCCUCGUCGAAGACUUCCAAAUACCGCCCGAACUGCGCCAGAACGUAAUGCAGCAAAUCGAUCGCGAAAUUCACGAGCAGGUACAAGACUACUACCCCCACGCCUUCUUCGACGACGAACCACUGGAUCCACAUCAGCCAUACUCGGCAUACAAGAACGACGAGAUGCGGAUAUUGAUCAAACUGAACAUUACCAUUGGCCAGCACACCCUCGUAGACCAGUUCGAGUGGGAGAUCAACAACCCUCUGAAUGCGCCUGAGGAGUUUGCGAGACAGAUGGCCGCCGACUUGUCACUAUCCGGAGAGUUCACAACCGCAAUCGCACAUUCCAUAAGAGAGCAGUGCCAGAUGUUUACAAAAAGUCUUUACAUCACAGGCCAUCCCUUCGACGGGCGACCAGUCGAGGAUACAGACAUACAAGACAACUUCCUGGCAUCUCCACUCCCCUCCGUAUUCCGCCCGAUGCAGUCAACAAAGGACUACCAACCCUACCUUUACGAACUCAGCAAUGCGGACCUGGAGCGAGCCGAACUUUCAAUCAUGCGCGAACAGCGACGCCAGAAGCGUUCCGUCAACAGACGCGGUGGCCCUGCCCUGCCAGACCUCAAAGACCGCCAACGGACUGUACGGACGUUGGUCGUUUCAUCAGUGCUGCCUGGCGCUGCGGAAACGAUCGAGGACAGUCAACUCUUCAAGGCCACGCGUAAAGCCAGAGAAGGCCGUCGUCGCGGUGCUGAUGGCAGCUCAGACGACUCAGAUAGUGAUGAUUCAGUCAUGGAGUCUCCCGCACCUGCUCAAUUGAUGACUGGAGGCACUGCUCGUACCCGUGGUAUGCGCGGAGCUGCUACUGCUGCUCAAGCUGCGAUGCGAUCCGCCAUUGGAAGAUCAGCAACUCCCGAAGUCUCGAAUAUCCAAACACCCCAUCACGAGCCAAGGGCGUCGAGGUCCCUACGGUAUGAAGCGCGGGAAGAGAGCUUAUCUGAACCCACAUCACUAAUAGUCAAACUCCGCAUAACGCCUGCAAAGUUCAGGGAAUGGGUAAGGAAUCCAAGAGCUUUCGUAAAGCCCGCUGGAACUCCCAUGAUGACACUCUCGCAACCACCAACGCGGGGUACGCCUACCGCAAACUCGAUGCCUCCUCCACCGUCACCCGCCAUGCCUUCCCGCUCCACACCGACAGUACCGACAUCCGUUGAAGCUUCGCCGAAGCCACCUUCCACCCCCACACCAACGACACCGAACAAGCAAUGGAAUUACAAGCCGGAUGGCUCAUUGGAAGCACCUUGGCCAACGCCCGCCGCUUCACAACAUCCUCCCACUCCCCCAUGGCUCCAAAAAGCGCUCCAAGACCUACGCGAUAAGAAUCCCGGGGAGCUCUUCGAAUCUACCAUGCGCUACGCAGUCAUGAACGAGCGCCACGAGGACCCGAAGACUGGCGAGAUGGUGUCCAGACAAGUCAAGCUAGAUACACUAUCUCCAACCGCUCCUCUGCCAGCGAACCACAAAGCGUACUUCCUCCCGCGAAUCCGAUGCAUAGACUGCCCAGGAAAGCUGUACAACGCUGGGCCCGAACAGACGGUCAACAAUUUUGAAUUACAUCUGAAGAACCGCGUACACAUGGAGAACGUGCGCAAACGGACUGGUCAGCCAUUGUAG